AUGCUUCAACUCUUUGAUGCUGCUGGUAUUAUCACCUGUGGAAACAAGGGACGCCUGUACCAGAUCAAGGGCAGUGGCAUGGUGCGCGAUGUCUUUGACCAGCCCAAGCUUGAGCAGCUUGUUGGCAACAUGGGAGUCGGCCACGUCCGCUAUCCUACUGCUGGAACCUCGUCCUCGUCCGAGGCUCAGCCAUUCUAUGUCAACAGCCCCUAUGGCAUCACCUUUGCCCAUAACGGCAACCUUGUCAACGCAGAUGAGCUGCGCGAAUUUUUAGACAAGGAUGCUCAUCGACACAUCAACACGGACUCGGAUUCGGAGUUGCUGCUAAACAUUUUCGCCAACAACCUCGAAAAGACGGGCAAGUCCCGUAUCAACGAGGAGGACAUCUUCACUGCCAUCAAGGGUAUCUUUGACACCUGCCAUGGUGGUUAUGCCUGCGUUGCCAUGAUUGCCGGAUUCGGUAUCAUUGGAUUCCGCGAUCCCAACGGCAUUCGCCCUAUCGGAUUCGCAAAGCGUGAAUCGCAGAGCCCCGGUUGCGGAACAGAUUACAUGUUUGCAUCAGAGAGUGUUGUUUGUGAUGGAUGCAGUUUUUCGGAUUUCGAGGAUCUCAAGCCCGGUGAGGCUGUGAUUGUCAACAAGAACAGGACGGUGACUCGUCGGGAGCUGGUCCCCAACGCCAACUUUACCCCCUGUAUCUUUGAAUACGUUUACUUUUCUCGUCCAGAUUCUAUCAUUGAUGGAAUCUCAGUUUACAAGUGCCGCUUGGCGAUGGGCGAAGCUCUUGCGGAUGAGGUUGCGCGCAAGUUGGGAGCUGAUAUGGAUAUUGAUGUCAUCAUUCCUGUCCCUGAUACGAGUCGUGUGGCUGCACUUCAGACGGCAUACAAGCUGGACAUCACAUACCGCGAGGGAUUCAUCAAGAAUCGGUAUAUUGGACGCACCUUCAUCAUGCCUGGCCAGGCCUUGCGCAAGAAGACUGUCCGUCGCAAGUUCAACGCCAUGUCCCUCGAAUUUGCGGGCAAGAACGUCUUGAUCGUCGAUGACUCGAUUGUUCGCGGAACGACGUCAAAGGAAAUCGUCCAGAUGGCUCGCGAGGCUGGUGCCAAGAAGGUGUACCUUGCCUCGUGCGCACCUGCAAUCCGUUACCCUAACGUCUAUGGUAUCGACAUGCCCUCUCCCCAUGAGCUGGUCGCUUUCAACAAGACCGAGGAAGAGAUUGCCGUGGCCCUUGGCGCAGACCGCGUCUUCUUCCAGGAAUUGGAUGGGUUAAUUGCGUCGUGCAGCAAGUUCAACCCAAAUAUCAAGUCAUGGGAUGCAGCGGUGUUUGACGGAAAAUAUGUCACUGGCCGUGUCGAUGCUGCCUACUUGAAGCAUUUGGAGAACUUGAGAGCGGAUGACAAGAAAUCGGCUGAGGACCUCCAGAGUCCCGAGGUUCUUGGCCUGCACAACUUCAACUUGCAAUUGAAGUGA